ACUGGUGCCGUUGCAUUGUCUGUUCUGAUGUAUCUGGCCCUUCCGAAAACACGAAAAAACUGUUCUCCAUUACAGUAGUUAGCAUUACUAUACUACUGUACUUAAAAAAGAUACACUUCUCUAACGUCACGACGAUAAUGAUCCUCCGGCAACGAACUCUGUCGGUAGCGGCACUAUUUCAAGCACUCCUGCUGUUUUCUACCUUCGAUCACACUACCAAUGCGUUUUUGGUCCCUGCCACAAAAGCGGGGAGCGAGCUUCAUCCAGCCUCAAACGCUUGCUUCACGACGAUGGUUGCAUGCCCACUCCCACACCAGCGUCAAGAUAGUACCAUCCACGCAAUACCUCACGACAUUGAUUCGGUACUACUUACAGACCUGGUAGCCACAUCUUCCUUUCAUUUGUCGGCUGUAGAAGUAUUUGAUGGCUCUACGAUUGUAGACCCCGUUGUCGUUUCCAGUAGUUUCUGGAGUAGUUUACAGAGGCAAAUACUGAGCGUCAUCCUCGGUCAGUUUAUUGCAAGCGUUGUCUUCGGUAUUCUAGUAACUCUCCUGGCUCCUCAACUUGUCAUCCUCCGAGACACAAUCCUUGAGAAGUUUAAUAAUGACGAGAGCAGUACCACGAACGGUAAUGGCAAUAGAAACAUCGAUGCCACCUCUCCGAAAACAUUCAUCAAGGCCGAUUCGAUAGUCCGACCGGAUCCCGAUUUCGGAAAACUGUUGGUAUGUUUGUUGAUCGAUGUAAUCGGUUCCGCUUCGGAAGCUUUGCCCAUCGUUGGCGAAUUGACCGACGUUGUGUCGGCUCCGGUGCUGGGGUUGAUACUACAAAAAUUGUACCCUGGAAGCAGCAAGUUUGUCUUCUUUUUCGAAUUCGCGGAAGAGAUUCUUCCGUUGACAGAUUUUAUUCCGUUUGCCACAAUUUGCUGGGCAGUAGAUACAUACUAUCCCGAAUCCACUAUCGCGGAACUUUUUCAGCUCGGAGAUUAUAACGGCUCGGUGGUUACGGCGGAAGAAAAAGCCAACUCCUUGAACGCCUCGUCAGAACGAGUCGGUCAGGAUGUGGAUAGCAACAUAAACAGAUGACGAAAACGAAACACCACGAGUCAAUUAGCCUCAUGAUGGCAUUUCUCUGGAAAGAGUAGUGUAAUUGAAGAUUCUAAUAGAAGUAUAGUAGUGUA